CAAACCAAGGUAAAACAGAGAUACUGACUGUAGCUAGCUAGCUGCACUAUUUUUUAUGAGCAUAACCGUUUGUACUGACUAUGCCGUAGCAAAUGAGUGGAUAAUAACACCCUCUUCAUGAGUGCUUUUCAAGAAAUACAUGAGAGGUUAGCGAGACAAUAUGGAAACGACGAAGAAAGGAAGGUCCCGCCGAGAAGAUCUCAACACAGCUCUGGUAUGCCCAACCAUUUCACAAGACAAGUAGAUAAUUAUUGGGAUUUCAUCAAGGCGAUACCCUGGUUUGAGCCGUGGCUAGUUGCGUUAAUGGUGUUUCAUUUGUUAUGUUUCGUGGUCGUCGUAGCGUCAGGAAAGCAUUACAAUACACAAUACGUCAUUUUCUUUUCGCUGUUAGUGUUGGUGUAUUUAUCUGAAAAACUGAAUGAAUAUUCAGCUGAAAACUGGAAAUUAUUUGCGAAAGAGAAUUAUUUCGACUCCAAUGGUUUGUUCACGUCAACAGUGUUUUCUGCACCGAUCCUAUUCAACUGCAUAUGUCUAAUCAUUUUGUGGUUACGAGCAGCUGCAGACGCAAUGAUCGAAAUAAAAAAGCGACAAAUUAUCGACGAAUACGAGAGGGAGAGAAAAGCGAAAGGUGAAGACGAGUCAAAGAAGAAGAAAUAGAAGCACAAGCAGUGACAUCGAAGCAGACACGUUCAUAAGUAGACCAAAAGUAUAACAAUAUCUCCAAUCCAUAUCUCCAAAUUAGAGAGUAACAACAAAAGUUGUAAUUGGUGAAUUUUUGUAGAUGUAUAAUCAAGAUUUGAUGUCCAACUCGGUGCAAACUA